GGCGCCGCGAGUGAUGCCAUCAUAACCACCCACCCGACAAACGAACCCUUCUCCCAACAUCGCAUACGUAUACCAAAUAGUUUAGGCCAGAGUGCCUAGCCAAGUACAAUAUGGCGUGGACCAUCUUUAGGAUAGCGGCCGACAUGUCGCACAUCACGGCCAAAUGCAUCCUCAUAUUCUCUAUCCAUCGCAAUAGGAGUUCCGAGGGCGUCUCCCUAUUGACACAACUGUUCUACGCCCUCGUCUUCGUCACCCGCUACACUGAUCUCUUCCGAGAAUCAUACGCAUGGAACUACUUCUUCAAGGUCUUCUACCUGCUCUCGUCCUUCUACACCAUCGGAAUAAUGCGCUUCGUCUACCCGCGCACCCGCGAGCGGGAGGUUGCCUGGAAGCUAAGCGCCGUGAUCCUCGCCGCGUGCCUGUUCCUGUCACCCUUCAUCAUGCUCAUCUUUGACGACUGGUGGAGUUUCCAAGAGUACCUCUGGGUCUUUUCCCAAGUCCUCGAAUCCGUCUGCGUCCUCCCGCAGCUCCUCCUCCUGCGCCAGACCACCAUCCCCACCGUUAUCACCUCCUUCUACAUCGUCUUCCUCGGCUCCUACCGCGGCCUCUACCUGCUCAACUGGAUCCUCAAGGAGCUCGACACCAACAUGAAGAAGCCGAACCCGGUCUCGGUCAUCUUCGGCGUCAUCCAGACGGCGCUCUACCUCGACUUCGCCUGGGUGUACUGGUCGCGGCAGCGCGUCAAGCUGCGCAACGGCGGCGUGGUCGACGCCGACGACCUCUCGCGCGGCUGGCUCCUGCGCCGCAUCUUUGGCAACAAGCGCUUCGCGCGCGACGUCAACGGCAACGGCAACGACACCGACGACGAGGAGAGCGCCCCCGCGCUGGGCGGCGGCAACGGCUUCAACCACCACCACCAACCGGGCGGCGGUACCAACGGCGCCAACGGCGCCGGCGCCGGGGUGCGCCCCAAGUGGGGAUCGCGCGGCAUCUCCAUCAGCGCCGACGAGGGCGUGCUGGAGCACGAGCGCGAGCGUGGGCAAGCGCUGGACGAUGAUGACGACGAAGUCACCGGCGCCGUGGACCCGGACGCCAAGAUGCGCGACCCGGAUGAGCUUGCGCUGGCGCUGGACGAGGAUGACGAUUUGGAUGCGCCCGGCUCUUCGUCCGCCUCGUCGCAGCAGAAGAAGGAUGUGCAUGCUGAUGGGAAGGGGCAGCCGAGCGGGGUAAGGAGCGGGGAUGAGUGGAAUGAUGACUGAGGGUCGGUUGGCGUCUGAAUGGAUGAUUAAACGUGGGAGGGAGGAGGAAGGGUAUUGGGCGGUAUAAUCUGGGUUUCAUGAAUCUGUGCUCUAUUGUGUAUAUA